AUGCCUGAGAGAAGUUCCCGUGGUGAAGUUGCAACCGUAAGAUCUAGGUCGCGCUCCAGAAGUAAGCCAAGAAGGCCAUCGUUUCCUCGUGUGAAAUCUUCGCAAAGGUUGAUUCGCACGAUUAGCGCGGAGUUCGGCUCCACUGGUGAUGUAAGUGUAGUAUCACAGGAUAUGGAUCACUUAACUUUAGAGGGAGGUUCACACGAAGUUAUAGAGGUUCCAUUUGUGAAGGCGACCCUCGAUUCUACUUUACCCAACUCCUACUUAAAACAAGACAUAUUGAAUUUAAUCCAAGCCUUAAAAAUUCAAAAAUGGUACAAAAAGUCUUCAGGGAGUACAUUGGACACAGAAUCUUUGAAAAUAACGAAAAUUACAGGUGCAAUGACGAAUGCCAUCUUCAAGGUGGAGUAUGCCGGCCUACCCUCACUCUUACUGAGAAUCUACGGCCCUAACGUUGAGAGCAUCAUUGAUAGAGACUAUGAACUACAAGUCCUUGCUAGGCUUUCAUCGCACAAGGUUGGUCCUUCCCUAUUUGGUUGUUUCACCAAUGGAAGAUUUGAACAGUUCCUCGAGAAUUCAACAACAUUGAACAAGAACGAUAUACGCAAUUGGCGAACAUCUCAAAGAAUUGCACGUAGAAUGAAGGAAUUGCAUGUGGGAGUUCCCCUGAACUCGACAGAAAUAAAGAAUGGGUCCAUAAACUGGACCAGAAUCUAUAAAUGGCUUCAAAAAAUUGAACAAUCGGAAUGGUCAAAAAAGACUUCUAAUCUCGAGAGCGUUCUACUUUCUAAAGACUGGGAAUUUUUCAAGUAUUCCGUAAACAAAUAUCACGAAUGGUUGGACAAAAACAGAAAAUCGUCUCAACAUCUAGCUUUUUGCCAUAACGACGCACAAUAUGGGAACCUACUUUUCACCGCACCCGUAGUUCCGCUUUCCACGACGACAACAUCGUCAAGCAUAUCUUCAACGGCGCCAUCUCUUUUUCCAACAUCUUCUAAUAUAUCAUUAGAUGAGAUUAUUCAUCCUUCAAUUCAUGAGCAAGCUCAAGAUUCGAAGUUAGUAGUAAUUGAUUUUGAAUAUUCAGGAGCAAGUCCACCUGCGUACGACUUAGCCAAUCACCUUAGUGAAUGGAUGUGUGAUUACAAUUGUUCAGAGCCUUAUAAAUCAAAUGAAGCAAAAUUUCCCAACAAGGAGGAAAUGCUAAAUUUCAUAUAUUCCUACGCCUCUCAUAAGCGGCCGACAGAAGACCGCAGCAUCGAUGAUGAAGUUCGUGAGAUCUAUAAUGAAAUAAUUAAGGAAAGAGCCUGCGUUUCCUUGCAUUGGAGUUUAUGGGGUAUCAUUCAAAGCGGUGAGCUUGACGCACCUAAGGAUGAAAAAACUGUCGAGGAAGGUCCCGGAGGGGAGAGAUACGUCAUCACGGUAAUGGACGAAGAUGAAGUGACUAGCAUUGAUUCCAGCAGUAGUAUAGAAGGUGUUGAUAUUGAUUCAUUUGAAAAUCUGUUGUAUGCCACUGAGAAGAUGCAAUUGUUUUGGGGGGACUUGGUUCAGUUCGGGCUAGUUUCACCAGAAGAAUUACCAAAAUCGGCUAAGCUGAAAUAUCUAGAUACUAAAAUGAUUUAA